UCACUUCUUCCUCUUCCUUUUGCCACCAAUAUAUCCUCCCCACUUAUCCUUCUCUUUCUUCCUAUUGAUACCCAUACUCCUUUUCUUUCUGACAAUCGAGACCGGUCGACCAUGGGUCAAUCUUCCUCCACACCCUCGUCUUCCUCACCUUCUUCCAACUCUUCCUUCAGAAACGGAAGACGCUCCACCCACCCGUCUUCUUCUGCCUCUCCUUCUACACCCUCAGCCCGCUACACCGCCUCACCACCUUCGUCAUCCUUAAAUCAAGCACCCUAUCUCAGCCGCUCCAACAGCGACCGCAAUCACCAACACAUGGUCCAUCAACACCAACCACCGCCGCCACAGCAUGAACAGCAACAGCAACCACUAAACCAGCAACAACCCUCGUCUUCGUCUUCAAGAGUGCUGCGCUCCACCACAGAGAGGCGACGUCGAGCCAACCUCUUCUCGUCCUUCUACCCUCUACUCUCACGUAAUUCAUCCAACUCGAACAGCACUAAUUCAAGUCAAGACAAUGAUGGCACGAGUACAUCUGGCACGAGUACAUCCCAAACGAUCAGACCGGAAGCAUCUGGAAGUAAUACCAGCAACAUCAGCCGCGCAGCUGUUGUUCGGCCUGAACGACCUCCCUCUCGUCCCAGUAUAGUGGCCGCAGCAACAGGGAGCUCUGGUCUGGUUCCUCGGUCCUCGACCCGGUCCCCUAGUCUACAGCCCCCCAACACAGCCUCAGGAGGGCGUACUCCUCGUGGUCUGACCAGAGUACAGCGCAUGUACGACGAGCAAUCGAUCCGUAGUACACGCAGCUCUAGCAGAGCAUCCAGUGUUGUUGCAGUCGGUCCACCCAUCAAUGCCUCGCCCAGCUCGACUGUCCCGCAUAGCUCGAGCAUCGAAUACAUGGACAUCGAUCCUGAAUCUGUCGGUUUAGUCCCAGAUCAGCAGCUUCUCACCUCAGCAAGCACGGCUUCAGCACCAGACGAGCAUAUGCAGCAGCACCAGCAGCACCAGCAGCACCAGCAGCACCAGCAUCAAGGCCCUGCACUCACCGACUUUGUCGCCUCGAGAACGGAACGGCCUCCUUCCCGCAGUGCUGCAUCAACACCUUCUAGAACGAGAGCAUCACAGGAGCCCGCCUCUUCAGCCUUCAGCAACAAUGCCGGUUCAGACAACUUUUCUCUAUUUGCUGGAUUCUCGAAUCCGCGCGGAGGAACUUCAAUUUCGUCAAGUCUAUUGCCCAUCCGACCAGAUUCGGACGAUGAAGAUGAGCAGGAUACGGGCAUGGAUCGCGACGGACAGACGUCAGGCAGCGCUGGCCCAUCAAUAUCGCGCGCCAGACGCCAGCUCACUGCCGAGGUUGUUGCUGAUUUAAUUCAUCAGCAGUUUGUGCAGUCGCUGCAGGAAACCCACGAUAACGCCUCUUCUGCUGCUGAAGCUACUUUAGAGGAUGCUCGUACAGAGGAUCAAGAAGAGCGUAUAGCAGACGGCACGCAAUCAUCCGGCGACAACACUGAUGGCGGCUUUUCUUCGACGGUGGACCGUCAGGAUGAGGACCGCACUUCCGCAGCUCUUCAUCGCAUACGCCUCCGCUCAUCCAGCGUGAGAGGCCUUCUAGGCUAUCAACCUACUGAUGAGUCAAAUGCCGACGAAAGAUCCUUGACGCAGACAACCAAUGAGGACAACGCGCAAGACGUCACCGCAGACACUCAGGCAGGCGACAAUACAACACAUCCUACCACUAACGACAUAGACAGGUCGCAGUUUUUGUUGAAUCACCUUCCAUUCUUUGUACGACUGCUUGCUGACUUCAGUCGAGGAGUCCGACCUACCACAGGAGAUGAUGUGGAAGGCGAGCGGUCUACUGAGUCUGGUGGAAACUCUCAAUCCGCAGAGGGUACAAGCUCUGACGGCAUCGACGCGGACGCUGACGCUGUGAUCGGUGUAGACACAUCAUCUGGCUCAUCUUCUGGCACGGCAGCAUCCGAUCCUGACACUACCGCGCGACCCCGACGACACCAAACCACUAUUCGCUUCAUCCAGAUUGGUGGCGGGCUUGGUGCAGGACUCCGAUCCCGCCAUGGAGGUGCUGCAGGUGGUCAAGAGGAUGAUGAGGACGGAGAGCGCGAAGGCCAGACUGAGCGCACCGGCGAUGACGUUGGAGAAGCCGUCAUCAUGUUCUUGACUGGACCCGCUCUUGACGGCCAGUCUGAUACAGAUUCGACCGACACAGCUACGGCUGACAAUUCUGAUGAUACUGACGCGGCAAGGUCACGACAGCGCCAGCGAGCGCCGUGGGUUGUCAUGACACUUUCUGGAGCAUGUAAGCUUACGACAAUGCUGAACUGGACUUCGAAUCGUGACAAUCUUACAGGAACGAUAGCUAAUAUUAUUUCCCUUUCUUUGAUACUAUAGAUAUUAACAGCUUGAUGGCUGCG